UUGGACCGCCCAAGCGGUAACAUGACUAGAGCUUGACUAGAGAAGCUGCUUCGAGGAGGGAGGCUCGCGAGGGGCAUAAAAGUGGCGUUCUGUUCCCAGCAGCGCGUUCCAGUCUUAUCUAUGACUUGUUCUCUGGUGUACUCUGACCCUUUUGCAGCUUGCCUCGAAAUCUACAAGUUGAAAUAAAACAUGGCCAAAGUUGAGAAGUUUGCAUUACAUAUACCUACUUUGGAAGAACUGGUAGGGGUUUUACAGAAUGGACUGAAAGAAAACUUUGCAGAUGUCGAGGUUUCGGUGGUGGACUGCCCUGAUCUGACUCAAGAACCUUUUAAAUUUCCUGUUAAAGGAAUUUGUGGAAAUCCUCGAAUUGCAGAUGUGGGGGGUGUUCCAUACCUUCUGCCACUUGUUCAGAAAGAUAAGGUUUAUGACCUGAACACAGUUGCUAAGGAAAUACAGCUACCGGGAGCGUUUUUUCUUGGCGCUGGAGCAGUUUCAUCCAGAGUGGUUGGAGGCAAUGCUGAGUUGAUCCCUAUUGUUCAAGCUCAAAGUGGCAAAAGCCCUGCUGUCAAUGGAAGUUACCUUGCCAGAAUUAACCCUGAAGAUGGAGGGUGUCUCCUGGAAAAAUACAGCUCCAAAUACAAAGACUGCGAAUUUGGACUUCUAGCCAACCUAUAUGCCAGCGAAGGCCUUCCUGGCAAGGUGAUUAAAGUGAAAGCAAAUAGAAGAACCGGGGACCAGAACUUCAUAUCGUGCAUCAGAAAAACCUUAGAGAAAUGUUACGGUGACAAACCAGUUGGAAUGGGAGGAACAUUUGUGAUCCAGAAGGGAAAAGCCAAAUUUCACGUUAUGCCUUCUGAGUUCUCUGAAUGUCCUUUGAAAACAGAUGCAGAAGUGAACAACUGGCUCAAGUUUUUUGAAAUGAAGGCUCCGCUGAUUUGCCAGCCAGUAUUAGUUUCUACUGAUCCAGGGGUUGACCUGCGCCUGGAGCAUACCCACGGCUUCAGCCACCAUGGAGAAGGUGGACACUACCAUGAGGAUACAACUCCAGAGACUGUUGAGUAUCUAGGGUAUUUCGUGCCGGCUGAGUUUCUCUUCCGAAUCGACCGACCUAAACAUACACAUCUGGUUGGCCGGGAUUAAACUUGAUACAAGAUCUAACAGGAAGCAACUUUUAUUGAAAAAGGCCAAACCGAAUCACUGAAAUCUGCCUUUUGCUGAAGCCAGUGACAUUGAAUCAUCACAGAAAAAUAGCACUUACUUUACUUAUACUUUACAAGAGACACAAUAAUUGAAAAUAAAAUGAAAUUUAAAUCUGAUGGCAAAGGACACUAGCAGUCAAAUUAUUGCAUUUCUACAAAUUUGUGGGGUUUCAGCCGCCUUCUUUCGUUGCCAACUACUUUUCUGUGUAUUUCUAGAAAUGUGGAACUAAGACAGAUUGUACUCAACGGGUCUCAUGUCUGAAUAGACGUGCUUUGUUUUGUGUUGGGCAAAAAAGAUCUUUCUUGUUAUUAUUAGGGCAUCUCAAAUGUGCAUUGAUUGCAUACAAAAUUCCUUGGGGAGCAUAUCUAAACUUUAAAUACUUUUUCCUUCUCAAAACAUUUCCCCUAUGUGUUGUCGAAGGCUUUCAUGGCCGGAAUCACUGGGUUGCUGUGAGUUUUCUGGGCUGUAUGGCCACAUUCCAGAAGCAUUCUCUUCUGAUGGCAGGUUCUCUCAGAAGUUGCCUGCCAUAGAUGUGGGCAAAAUAUUAGGAGAGAAUGCUUCUGGAAUGUCACCAUACAGCCCAGAAAACUUGCAGCAACCCAUUCUCUCUCUGUUCGUCUGAAAUUUGGCAGACUUUAGAUUUAGAUAAAGUUUAGAAGGACAACUUUUGCUUUACAUUUAAUUAAACCUGUGUAAGAAAGAAAGAGACAAAUAGACUACUAAAGGGAUCAUAGACUAAUGUGUUUCAGCCUAUUAUCUGAUGUAUGGGACUGGAUUUUAUGCUUGUAUCAUGAACGUAAACAUAUCCUGAGCAUUAUAAUACCUGUCAUUCUAGCAUCUGUAUUGGAAAUGUCUCAGGGAGAUAUGAGAUAAGAGUAACAGGAAGCAGUGCAAAGAUUUUAUUGAAAAAAUGUGAUAUUUCAGCUUUAUAGUUCAAUGAGAACAACAAAAAUAAUGUAGCAGGAAGGAAAUUGCUCACACCGACCUAUCAUAGCAAUGUUAAUUUGCAAGACAAUUUGCAAGGCUGAAUAGGUCUUCCCUCCUCUUUGGAGAGAAAAAAAGGAGGUAUCAGUUUUGUGACUUAAAAUGACAGCUUAUUUCACAUCUGGGCUGGUGGGGUACUUAUUAGAAGUACUGUAGCUAUAUGGAAGUAAUUAAAAAUUUAUUCUGCAUAGAUUUCCAAUGUGUGCUGGAACACCUUAUGGCAGCCUUCCUUCACUUGGUGUCUUUCAUAUGUUUUGGAUUACUACUGCCACCACCAUGGGCAGCCUUUAGAACUUGGUUGGUCAUUGCGCAGCCCUUUAGAGGCGUUUGGAUGGCAAUUCCCAGCAUCCUGAUCCAGCACAGCUAGAAAGAGGAGUGAUGGGAGUUGCUAUCUGAAAUCAUGUACAAUUCCUUGUGUUGUCAAAGGCUUUAAUGGCCAGAAUCACUGGGUUGCGGUGAGUUUUCUGGGCUGUAUGGCCAUGUUCCAGAAACAUUUUCUCUUGAUGUUUCACCCACAUCUAUGGCAGGCGUCCUCAGAAGUUGUGUACAAUUCUUGCCCCAUCAGAAAAUGGGUUAAGGCAAGGAAGCUCAGUUUGACUGUCAUUCUACUAUUCUGAAUUAUUUUUAAUAUAUAUAUAAAUUUACUGUCUUGAUACUUGCUGAGAUUCAGAAGCUGAAAAGUACAAUUUCGAUACUAUAAAUGUCGAGCUGAAUUUUGAUACUCCAAAUAAAACUGAUUAAUUGUA